CUGGCGAGCGGGCCAGCUGGGUUCGCGGCGGAGUCAGUCAGUGAGUCAGUCAGUCGUCGCGUCGUCGUUCGCUCGCUCGCACGCGUACCGUUAAACCGAGGAACCGAGAGACGGCAGGGGCAUCUCUAUUCCUUUCACGCACGGCGGAAGGGAAACCAAGUGCGAUAAUAAUUAUUGCCUGCGAGAAUCGGGCGAUACAUACAUAACUGCCCAUUGUUCGAGGCGUGCUCGGCGAGCGAUGAUCCCGUGAGGGGGGAGGAAAAAAAGCAAUUGCUCUCCCCCUGAAGAAUACUUUUUCUCCGGGCAGAAUUCAGUAGUCCUCGGAAUACAGUCGACUACGCGGGGACCCGCGGAAUCGCAACCAUGUGGAAACCCUUCGAGGCUGGCAGCUCGCCCGUGGACUGGUGCGAGCGCAACUACAACAUAUCGCCCAGCAUCGCCGAGUUUAUGAACACGUUGAGUAAUGUGGUCUUCGUGUUGCUACCACCCGUGCUCAUGCACCUAUUUAGAGAUUACGCACGCUUUGUAAACCCAGGAAUUAAUGUGGUCUGGUUCUUACUGAUGGUAGUCGGACUUUCUAGUGCGUACUUUCAUGCCACUCUGUCUCUGAUAGGUCAGCUAUUAGAUGAAUUGUCUAUUUUGUGGAUGUAUAUGGCAGGCUUCUGUAUGUUCUUUCCCAGAAGAUAUUUCCCCAAUGUCGUACAUAAUGACAGAAAGCUCUUCUCUAUAUGCGCAACGUUGCCCACUCUAAUCGCCACCGGCUUGGCCUUGAUACAUCCGGCCGUAAAUGCUUUCGCAUUGAUGAGCCUGGGUGUACCGGCGGUCAUAUUAUUGAUCAUGGAGCUGAAGAGGACUACCUCGAUAAGAGUGUACAGACUGGGUUUGCGAUGCGGCUUCAUGUGGUUACUGGCGGUGACCUGUUGGUUGAACGACCGUCUGUUCUGCGACACCUGGCUGAAUCUCAACUUCCCGUAUCUCCACGCGCUCUGGCAUCUGUUCAUCUUCAUCGCGGGUUACACCGCGACGGUGCUCUUCGCGUAUUUCGCCGUGCAGGACGAGAAGCCGCAGCAGUCGCCGGUGCUCAGGUACUGGCCCAGGGACGACUUUGAACUCGGCAUACCGUAUGUGACUAUUCGUAGUUACGUGAGCUCAGGCUACAACUUGAAUAUAUAGCUCUCGCAAUAAGAUCCGCGCGAUCCGUCAACGCCGUAUUAUGUAAAUGUAUUAUUUAUUUGCGGCGGUAUUUACCUAGUAUUCGGAUUUUACGCAAUAUUCAGCAUUUAAAUUAAAUGCGCAGAUGUGUAUGUGAUGCCCCCGUGAUUUAUGUAAACAUUAAUUGUAUUAUAUCUUACGACACGUUUUAUUUUAAAGACUCAAAGAUUACAAAGUCAUAAAAAAGAAUUAAAUUUUGUAUUUCUAAGAAAAUGAAGACAAAAAAUGACGUAAAGAAAUUUCUAUGUAGCUGGCACAUUGAGAGUACUUAAGAUUUAGCAGUAAUUUCCAGAAAUCACCAAAUUAACAUAUGCAAUGAGUGCUUUGAGACAUUCUAAUUUAUACUAAUUUAUACCUAUACGUCUUAUUUAUUUAAUAUACGAGAUGAUGGAAGAUAUCAAUGACUAAUAAGCGAACAUGUCCCGUAGUAACCUAACAUUUCUACCUGAGACAAUUAGCUCCCCCUCCCCCUCUCCUAGUGAUAUUAAAGUGUUUUCUCAUAAAAAUUUGGAACAGAUCUUACAAAGAGAGGAUAUGCAGCUUUAUAACAAACUGUUACUUGUUAUAAACAAUGGUAAUAAGUUCUGUACAUAAUUGAAAGCAGUGUACGUAAAACGAACGAAAUGAUUAAUUUCUCACGCGAGUAUAGAGAUUACAAAAUCGCAGAUAUUUAUGAUUACAUAUGUACAUUAGCGAAUUAGAAAUUAUUUAUGGAAUGGAUUAUUACAUUGUGAUAUGUACUAUUGUUAACUUUUUUACAAAGGACUAUUUUGUAAAUGUACUCGAAUACGAAUCGUUACCGAGAAUCAUAACGCAUGCCGCGUGUAUUUUAUAUUUUACGUACCGGAAAUGGAGCAUAGCAUAAAGAUGUAAGCGUAAACAUACGUAAUUAAUAGUGUCCUAUUAGUUAAUUCUAAUUAGAGUAAAAGCUCAAGAUUCUAACAACCGUUUUAGAUGUGGGAUUACCUAUACAUGUGUGUGUGCAAUAAGGAAAACCUAUUACGGGUGAAGCAUUUAAUUUUUUGCCAUACUGUAGAUUGUAACUACAAUUGACUGCUACUACAACUACUCUGGUUUGACGAAACUGAAAUGGCGAAACUGGAAUGUUAAAUUUUCUAUAUUACCUAUAUAGUACAUAAUUUUUACAUAUAUAUAUAUAUUAUUUUCGAUUGUUUUAAUGUAAUUAUACAAUCGUGUAACUGUAUUAUAAAAAUGUAAUAAAAAACACGAAACAAAUAUCAAAGAUAUAAA